UCCACGAUGUCCGCAGGCAGUUUUCAGUUAUCGUAAAUGACUUCAUCUCUGAUGACAUCAUCCAUCUCGACACUUGACACAGAGAUUGAGCUACCUACUCGGCCUCUCAAAGGCAAAACAUGUGUGAAAUAUGCAUCUCGAAACCUAUCGAUUCUUAACUAAAAUCGAUAUUGUUUCAAGCCGGCCCAUGUCUUUCCCACGGUUUUGUUCACCUUGAAAUUCGACGACCAGAACUUUAAGAUGAAAGAUCGUGAACUGCUCAAUAGCUUUCGAAAUUAACAGGGAGUCUUCCAUGCUGCGAUGGCGGUUCGUCAGAUUUACGAAACUGCCUUCGACAGCACGGCUAGCCCCAGUGGAGUCGACGAAGACCAGGAAGAUGAAAUUCUGGAAACCAGCCGGCGACUUUGCAGUCCGGAUCCCGCAACAGUGUACAAGCCCUCUCCAGCGUCCUCGCGGUCCAGCACGGACUCGGACCGCAGCAGCUCCCGAAAAGGGGUGAUCUGGAAAUCGUCACCCCGAAGCCCCGCCCUACCGCUCAAAAAAAUAUUCUCCCCCUGGAUCUGUGGAGUGGAUAAGAAAGCAGCCAAGGAGCCAGACCCACCCACUGAGAGUCCUGCAGCCCAGAAAGAUCCGGCAGAAGAAAAGUCCAAAACUUUCUCUCCCUCCGUAGAAUUCAAAAAGCUUGAUGUUGCCGAUGAGAAUAAAAAGACUAUUUCAACUAAUGACCGUUCCCCUUCUACAGCCAAUACCAUUGUUAGGGCUUCCAAAAACACGCAGCACAGUGAAGAUGUUUUGCCAGAGAGCCUGCCUUCGUUUGCACUUAGUUUGAAGAAAAAGGAAGACGGAUUCCAUCCAUCCUUCUGUCCAGAAGUAGUUGUCCUUGAGAACAAUAAACUAUCUCGUGAAAACGAGAACGGCAUAGACUUCCCUACAACAACGAGUACUUUUCAACCGGCCAGCAGAAUCUCCAGGGAAGAUAUGAAACGCAGCAAUUUUGAAUGUUCUGCUGCUACCAGGAACAACCUGUGGCUCGAUUUCAGUAGAGCUCCCAAACGUCCAAGACGUCACUUACGUCUAGAAAUAAAUGGCCAGCAAGAUGACGACAAUUUGGAACCAACGGCUCACCUGCUGAAGCAAGGAUGGUAUCAUGGUUCCAUCAGCCGCGCUGACGCUGAGAAUCUUCUUCGAUUGAUGACGAAAGGCAGUUUUCUUGUCCGCUGCAGUGAGAAAUUAAAAAGACAGUAUCUACUAUCGCUCAAGAGUUCCAGAGGAGUGAUGCAUGUGAAGAUAGUACAAUUGCCAAACGGAAAAUAUGUGAUAAAACAGCAAACGCAGUCGUUUGAUUCUAUUCCACAAUUGAUUCAGUAUUUCAGUACGCACAUACUCAAUAUUCAUGAAAUGAAUGUUUACCUUUCCCACCCAGUCAUAGAAAAGUUACUGUAAAAUAUUGUUGACUAAUA